AGUCUCAACUCAACAGGAUAACUCGCUACCCGCUUCUCUCGGCAGUGAAGCCUCCGGCGAGCAGCGGUGGCGGAAGCGCCGGCGAGAUGUCAGCUCCCUCGGCCCCGCCCCGCACGGUGAUCUGCGUGGGGGACGUCCACGGCUACAUCGCGAAGCUGGAGAGCCUCUGGUCCAACCUCCAGUCCGCGCUCCCCGCCGACGCCUUCGCCACCGCGCUGGUCAUCUUCCUCGGCGACUACAACGACCGCGGCCCGCACACCCGCGAGGUCCUCGACUUCCUCCUCGCGCUCCCGGGACGCCACCCCGCGCAGCGCCACGUCUUCCUCUGCGGCAACCACGACCUCGCCUUCGCCGCGUUCGUCGGGGUACUGCCGCCGCCUCCCGACGGCUCCCCAUUCUCGGCGACCUGGGACGAGUACAUCCACAACGAAGAGCACGAGGGGUGGUUCCGCGGGCCGGGGUACGAGGGCAUGCACGUGCAGGGGAGGCGGUGGGGCGGGGUCAUCAAGGAGAGGUGGAACCCGAAGAAGGGGCUCCCGUACAGGGGCUCCAUCUACGACGCGCAGCCCACCUUCGAAUCCUAUGGCGUUGCCCAUGGUUCCCCUGAUCUCGCAAAGGCUGUGCCAGAGGACCAUAAGAUGUUUCUGCAUGACUUGGUUUGGAUACAUGAAGAGGAAAACGUGCCAAUUGAUACGGAUGAAGGCCAAAUCAUUUGCAAUCUAAUUGCGGUUCAUGCUGGCCUAGAGAAGUCCAUAGAUUUGAAUGAGCAGCUUAGAGUUCUGAGAACUAGAGACACAAGGGUGCCAAAGGUUCCGAUGCUUAGUGGGAGGCAGGAUGUUUGGAACACACCAAAGGAUCUGACUGGCAAGCACACCAUUGUUGUAAGCGGUCACCAUGGGCAGCUCCACAUCGACGGCCUCCGAUUCAUCAUCGAUGAAGGCGGUGGGUACGAAGACAAACCUAUAGCUGCCAUCGUUUUUCCUUCCAAGACAUUGAUCAGAAGCACAGAGGGAGCCGCAUCACAGAAUUGAUAUGGAUGUCAUGAUCAGGAGCAGGGAGGUGCAGUUUUUCUUUUUCCUCUUGCUUGUUGCUAUUUGGCCGUGGUCACGUGUCAUGUUUCAGACGAUUCAUAGGUACACCGUCGACAGGAAAUAAGAGGUUUGAGGACCAGACCUGCAUUUUCGCAUGUACAGUAUAGUCACAAUGUGAACUGCAAACUUUGGUAUUCUAUACCCUUGGUGCUGUCAACUUGGACAUGAAAUUUCCUAUCCCUGCCCAUUCGAGA